UUGGACCAAAAUGCCCUUCAUCAUCAAAUCAUAGAAAGGUUGGAGUAGUGUAUUAUGUCUAUCAAUGAUCAUUCACAAUCUGCAGAAUCUCCAUAGUCAGUAAGAAGGGCCACUUUCCUGCUACCACUGUCUCGUCGGAAUACUCAUAAUGAAGUCAAUGAUGCAAAAAGCCUCACUUCUCUCCUCCUCAAAUGCACUCGCUCAGUCCCCAUGUACCUCCCGUCGACCGCUCGUCGCUCAGUUUCGAAGGUUCCCAGUUUCCUCUUGCGCCCAAUUACCACUGAACCGCUCGCAGAAUUACAGUCCCGCCGCUUUCUCCCCUCUGAGCUGCAAUGCGACUGGCUCGGUGAAACGACAAGAAAUGGCUUCUCAGGAUGCCCAAGAGGGCCAAGACGGUCGCAUAGCGGGAAUUGCCUCUUCCAUCCGAUUCAUCCCAAACUUUCCUAAGCCAGGGAUUAUGUUCCACGAUAUAACCACCUUGCUUCUUGAUAUCAAGGCUUUCAGGGACACUAUCGAUUUGUUUGUUGAGAGGUACAAAGACAAAGAUAUCUCUGUGGUCGCAGGUAUUGAAGCUAGAGGUUUUAUCUUUGGCCCUCCCAUUGCAUUGGCUAUAGGGGCAAAGUUUGUUCCUAUGAGAAAGCCUAAUAAGUUGCCUGGGGAGGUUAUUUCGGAAGAGUAUUCUUUGGAGUAUGGAACAGACAUAAUGGAGAUGCAUGUAGGGGCUGUACAAGCUGGAGAACGUGCACUGGUAAUAGACGAUCUCAUUGCAACUGGGGGAACCUUGUGUGCUGCAAUCAGGCUACUCGAGCGUGUUGGAGUGCAUGUGGUUGAGUGUGCAUGUGUCAUCGAAUUGCCAGAACUGAAGGGUCGGGAUCGGUUGGGAGACAAACCAUUGUUCGUUCUUGUUGACACAGCUUGAUCUAGUGUGUCUGAGGUAGUUGUGUUUGUUCUUCUUUUUGUUUUUUUUUUUUGGGUAAUAAAGGGUUUGUUUGUGCUUGAUGGUGGAAGAGCUGCAAUCAGUUGAUAUUGAAUGAUAUAAGCAGUAAUAAAUUUGUUGUGGAUUUUUUCGUUA